UCUGAAUGUGAGGAAGGCAGUUGUUUCCCUUAGUAUUGAGUUGCCCAAUGUUUACAAUAAAUGACAAACAAAUGUGAAAGGUGAUUUUGGACAGCUUCCUUGCCAAGAGUCUGUCAAUACCAAGAAAAUUGAAUACAACUCCUCGGUGUUAAAAUCAGAGCCAAUAGACUAGUCGUCAUUUGUCAAUCAACAAACAGUUGGUCUGCCGGACUUAAACCAGUCUAAAUCCAUGGCGAGUACGUUCGAUAAACAGAAGGCCUCGUGUCUAGCAGGCGUGGACCUAAGCCGGAAGGGCUCUAUUGAUGCCCCUAUUACAGACAUAGUGGCCUUGAUCAACGCCAAUGAUGAUUUCUUUACCACGAGUUCGUGCUCCGGAAGAAUUAUUAUCGUUGAUAACGAUUCAGGAGGAUCGGUCAAAAAGAAGGGAUGCAGGUGGGUUUUAACGUCACAUGAGGCUGUGUCUGUCGACGAAGUGACAGAAAGCCUGAAGACGGUGCAAUGCAAUGCAGUGUUUAAAUUUGAGCCCUUUAUCAUGCAUAUUCAGUGCAGGGGAUUGGAACAUGCCCAGGCUAUGUUGAAUGCCGCCGUCUCUUCUGGGAACCGGAAUUCGGGAAUCAGCGUUGGCAAUAAAGGGAAGUUUAUUACUGCAAUACGGAGCACUCAGUCCCUAGAGGUGCCUCUGACGUCAAAAGGCAGACUGUUGGUUGACGAAAAGUAUCUACAAUUCCUUGUCAGCCUGGCGAAUUCCAAGAUGGUCGAUAACUUGGACCGCAUUCAAAGAUUUUUCACCAAUCUAAAAUCCACGCUAGAAAAUACAUCCAAAUCGAAAGUUGAAGAAGAGAAAGCACCCAAGACAAAGGCAACGCAUGAUUACAGUAAACCUAGAAGAAAAGACGCAGAUCAACAAACGGACAAUUAUGAAGACCUUGUUUGUUGUGCUAUGUUUGAUUGUGAGUUAGAUACCUGAAUAAAUACUGGGGGGUUUUCAA